AUGGCGCGCGAGUUCACGUCCGGCGCGCUCACAGGGGCUCUGGGCAAGACGUUCAUCGCGCCGCUCGAGCGCGUGAAGAUCCUCUACCAGACCGGCAGAUUCACGACCCAGACCAUACCGCAGGCCCUCGCCCAGAUCGUGCGCACGGAGGGGUUCAGGGGCCUCUUCAAGGGCAACCUGGCGGGCGUGGCUCGCAUCGCCCCGUACAGCGCGAUCCACUUCGGCGCUUUCGAGGCCCUCCGUCGCGGCAUGUACGCCGCCAGGGACCGCGCUACUGGCGCCGCGCCGCACGCAGGGCAGCCGCCUGGCGCCGCGGACGCUGCGUUUCGGUCUGUCGCUGACUUCGUCGCGGGCGCCGGCGCCGGCGCCACGGCAGUGAUCGGGACGUACCCGCUCGACGUCACGCGCACGCGGCUGGCGUACAUGAUCGAACACACCCCCCCGCAGGCAGGGCGCGGCGCGGAGGCGUCAGGCGGGGCGCGGCCCGCCCCCGACGCUCGUGGGGCGGCGCGCGGGGCGCAGUACACCAUCCGCGGGCUCAUCGGACAGGCGGUGCGGGAGGAUGGUGCGCGAGGCCUGUACAGGGGGGUGUGGCCAACCCUUCUAGGAAUCAUACCCUAUGCCGGGCUCAAGUUCCUCAUCUACGAGGGUAUGAAACGGCACCCGCCGGACGCAGCGAGCUCCGGCGCCCCGCAGGUGUGGUGGGCGCUGCUCUCGGGCGCCGUGGCGGGCCUGGUCGGCCAGACCGCGACGUACCCGCUAGACGUGGUCAGGCGACGGAUGCAGGUCCAGGGAACGGAGGCGGAGGAGAUGCAGCGUUUUCACGGGCGGAUGCGCGCGGCGUGGGUGAGCGCCGAGGAGCCGUACAGGGGCGUGGGCGACGGGCUGCGGCGGAUAGUGCAGGCGCACGGGUGGGGGGGGUUGUUUUCGGGGAUGAGUAUAAACCUCGUCAAGGUGGUGCCGUCCACCGCUGUGGGGUUCGUGAUGUACGACACGCUGAAGGGCGCACUGUGA